AUGGAGGUUGCUUUCCAAGCAAAACUCCAGUCCAACCAAGAUGGCGAGACGGUGCUUGAUGAUGAGUGGUUCAGCAAGCGUAUCGAGGACUUCAAGGACGUACACAAGGAGCCCCAAUUAGAUAUCGUCGGCUGGUUUACUCUCGGUCCCGCCACUGGUCCAGAACCCCACAUCCUCCCCAUCCACUCGCGCAUAUCAGAGAUCUACACCGAAUCUCCUCUGCUCGUACUUUUCCACCCCGAGAAUGCCUACUCCAAAGAAACUGCUGCCGGAAAGCUGCCUCUCACCGUUUACGAGUCCAUCUCCGUCAAUGCGUCAAGCGAGCCAAAUGAUAAAGCUAUGGAUAUCGAUGGCGCCGUGCAAGCGAAGUCAACCAAGUUCAGGGAGCUGGUGUACUCGAUAGAGACUGGCGAGGCGGAGAUGAUCUCUGUCGACUUUGUCGCACGCGGUGGUGGCAACGCUACUGCAGUAGAAGGUACAGCAGAUGUAGCAGGCCCGAAAUCCGAGUCUUCCAAAACUGACGAGGGUACCGGCAAGCGGAACACACGGGGAAAGCAAAAAGAGAAGGAGAAGGAGAAAGAGAAGGACGCUCCUAUUGAUGAAUCGGCUAUCUUGACCCCAGACGACGACGAGGUUCUCUCUUCCCUAACAGCCAAGAUGAACGCUAUUCGCAUGCUCAGUCGGCGAAUAAUGCUUCUCCGCGCAUACCUCAACUCGCUCCCAACGUCGUACCUCUCCGACCCAUCACUACCAGUCAACCCAACGCCAGACGAGCAACAUCCCCUACCUCUGGAUCACUUGAUCCUCCGCAGUGUAUCUGCCAUGCUCGCCCGCCUCAAUAUCCUGGGCCCGCCAGACUCAGCCGCUUUUACACUUGAGUCUCAACAAGAAGCCUCUGAUGUGCAACUGGUCAACCUGCUAUCCUCCAUCACAAACUCUGUCUCCCUUGCCAAGGACCUUGGACGCAAGAGCUCUAUCGUUCAGCAUGGCAAGACCCAAGGCAAGAACCGCAUGGGCGGUAUGGGUGGCAUGGGCGGAUAUGGAGGUGGCGGCAACUAUGGCGGAGGAGGCGGCUACGGUGGCGAGGGCAACUUCUUCAACACCGUCAUGAGUGAGGGUUCUGGUGGCGAUAGGUGGUGA